AUGCCUGCAGCGAUCGAAGAGAGUCCAGAUGUCAACAUCGUCAAUCCUACAAAUCAAAAAAAGAUGUCGUCGGGUGUGGAGAAAAAACAUAGAGAUCUACAGAUACCUGCUUGUUUCAGGAACCUCUCUCAAGAAGAGCCUAAGAAGACUUUCCCACACACUAAACAAGUUGGGGAUUACCUAGUAGGCAAAGUGAUCAACAAGGGUUCUUUUGCCAAAGUGAUGGGGGGACUGCACAUUCUCACUGGGGAGAAGGUAGCCAUAAAAGUUAUUGACAAGAAAAAGGCUAAGCAAGACUCAUACGUUUUAAAAAAUAUGAAGCGGGAGUCUCGGAUACAUCAGAUGAUUAUGCACCCUAACAUAGUUCAGCUGUACGAAACUUUGGAGACGGAGAACUCGUAUUACAUGGUGAUGGAGCUGUGCCUUGGAGGGGACCUCAUGGACAGGAUAUGUGAGAAAAAGAGGCUAGAUGAAGAAGAAGCAAAGGAAUAUACAAGGCACAUCAUGGCUGCUGUAGACCAUCUGCAUCACCAUGGCAUUGUCCACAGAGAUCUGAAGAUAGAAAAUUUUCUUCUGGAUGAAAACAAUAGCAUUCAAAUUGUUGAUUUUGGACUGAGCAAUAUCAUAAAGUUUCAGGGCCUUUCCCAAGAACUGUUAAAUACCCAGUGUGGGAGUCCAGCUUAUGCAGCCCCAGAACUCUUAGCUCAUAAGCAGUAUGGGCCAAAAGUGGAUGUCUGGUCCAUAGGAAUCAGCACAUUUGCCAUGCUAACUGGCACUCUGCCUUUCACCGUGGAGCCAUUUAACAUCAAGCAACUUCAUCUCAAGAUGAUUAAUGGAGAAAUGAACGCCAUCUCUCCCAACAUUUCCUCUGGAGCUGUUCGCUUUAUGCACUCUUUGCUCGAACCUGAUCCCACAAAGCGGCCUACUGUUAAAGAGGCAAUGCAAGACAAAUGGUUAGAUUAUAAUAUCAGCAAAUCACCAAAUGCAUUCAUAUAUAGAAAUAGGCUUCGCCCAAAUGAAUUGAAUCCGGUUGUUUUGAGUUACAUGACAGAAAUAAUGGAGUUCAAGCUUUCAGAUGUUGUGACUGUCCUGAUUAAAAAUAAGCCAUCUUCCAUCAUGGCUACAUAUUACUUAUUGCUGAAGAAAUUAAUUAGGUAUCAGAGAGAACCUAGGACUGAAAAGAAAGAUCACGAACCAGAAAAGCUUCAUGGUGAGCAUUCUGGAAGCAUAAGUCAAGAUGCAGAUGUUCCAGUUUUACAGAAGACAAAAAUGGCUAUAGUAGAAAAAUGGAAGAGUGGCAACAAUAAAGCAUUUCAUUCCACUCUCAGCUCAAAAAUGCCAUAUGUUACCAAGGAGGAUGACAUUGCAGUUAUUCUUGAAAAUCAAGAAAUUUUACCAGAAGCUUCCAAGUUCUCAGGCAGAGAAUUGAUUUGUUUUGAUCUCCCUAAAUCUCCACGUAAUUCAUGUGGGCCAUUCAAUGAGACACAACUUGAACCACAGGAAAAUGAAGAAGAUGUUAAAGAUUGGCCAGAAGUGAGAAAGUUGUAUUUAUUGGAAAAGCCAUCUUCUGUUCUAAGAAAUAACCCAAGAUAUGCUAUGAAUCAUGAGACUGAGAAGUCUUCAGUGUCAUAUAUAUGUAGACUAACACCAAGAUCAAGAAAUGAAAACAGAAUUGUAGAUCAAGAUCCUACAGUUUUUCCUAACACAAAAGUCAAAGAUCUCUUAAAAGCAAUGAACGAGAACCUUCUAGCUCCAAAGUGGCAACAUCAAGAAAGAAAGAGUUCUGCUUUUCUGGUUAUGGAAACACCUCAACUCUCCCCUUUACCACAAUUGAAACCAGGUGCUGCAAAGGAUCACAUUAUAAAAAAGAUCUCAUGGUUGGGAUCCUCCCAGCAGGAGUCCAUUGGCUCACGUUUUUUUGUUAGUGUUUCAAGACCACCAGUUUUUCCAGUAGCACAUGAACACACUUUCACGGUAAGAAGUUUGAGGCAAUCUAAACAAAAGUCCAAUGACUUUUUUAAAAAUGAUAAAAUAAAAAGAAAUGUUCCACUCAAAUACACAACUAAGGAUGCAGACUUAAAUCUUCCCACGUUAUCUCCACCCUAUCAAACAUCUGGGAAAAAGUCUGAGAUUUUAAGGCUAGAUUUUGCAUAA